GAAAAAAUGAAACACUAUGGAACCUAUAUCUCUGGAGUUAAAAAAACUGAAACCCAACCAAAAACUGAAUAGGUUUCUGAACUUUUAAAUCCUACUAUAUAUAUCAACUGAGAAGUCACUUAAUUGACUUUUGCUUAGAUAUCAUUCAUAGGUGAAGUUUAGAAUUAAUUCUCUUAAUUUGAUUGGUUGUUGAUAUUUGAAAUUUUAUUUAUUUAAUUAAAGUUUUAAAAAGGAAAUUAAUCCUAGAACUACUUAAUCUAAUCUAUUUUACUAUACAAACAAUUAAACAUUUUAAAGUUGGAAGAACUAACAUAAUUUGUUUAUAGAAACAAUUAAAUAUCAUAGAUUACAUUAUAGAAAUUUAAAAUAUACAUAUAAAUUAAUAUGGUAUGAUAAAAAUAAUUAUAUAAACGAUUUUAACAUAUUUAUAUUAAUAGUGGAUACAAUAAAUUAUAGAUUACAGAAAACUAAUAAACCUAAACCUAAUAAUAUUUUCUUAUACUCACUAUAUAUAUUCUUUUUUCUAAAAUGUGUCCAAUAAAUGUAGAACAGUCAAAUAUACAAUUUUAAAAACAUUCAGUCAUUUUUCAGUGACAAAUGUUGAUUGUAUAGUUGAGUUAUUACUUUAAAAAAUGAUUAAAGUAUUUGUAUAUUUAAAAAUAGAAAAAAUAUAUGGUAAGUAUUUUAAAAUAAUAUUAAUAAAUGAAAAUAAUUAUUAUAAUAUAAAACUGAAAUAUUGGAACAUUAUACUAAUACAAGACUAAAGUUAAUAUAUUCUAUUAAUAUAAUUCUUAUAGCUUUGAUUAUAAUAAAAUUAUAUGGUAAAUUAUUUAAAAUAAUAUUAAUCAAUGAAAAAGUUUAUUGUAAUAUAUAAAUUGAAAAUCAGAAAUAAUAUACUAAUACGGGACUAGAGUUAAGACUCUAUUGAUAUUGUUUUGAUUAUAAUAAAAUUGACAUGCUUAUUUUGUAAGAGGAAAAAAGAAAGAAUACAUAUAUAAAACAUCAGUGAAGAAUAAAAAACUUAUUUUUUGUAUUCUUGGUUGCAUUCUUUGUUAUUUUAUGCUUUUACGUAUUUAAUGUUUUUAUAUGUUUGCCGAAAUACAUGUGUGUUUACGUAGUACUGUAAUUGUUAAUUAAUUAUUUGUAACUAUUUUACUUCUGAAAAAAUAAAGUGGUAGAAAAAAUAAUGCAAAAAUAGAAUGUUAUAAAAUAAAUUAUUGUUCACUAAUAUUUGUUUUUUAUUAAUCAAAAAUUAUGUCAUAAAAAAACUUUUGGAAACUUAUAAUAAAAUUAUAGAAUUAACACUAUAUAUCAAUAAUCUUCUAAGAUUAUAAUAUCAAGACUUUGAUUUUCAAACUAUUUAAAAUAAAAUAUUAUUUUAAAUAAUUAUGAUUAUUAUUCAAAAUUAUAAAAUUAUAAGAGUAUUUAGGCUCUCUAUACCUACAAAAAUUCAUAAUUAACUAUCUACCACAUCACUGUUUUUUACACUGUUCAUAAUUUGAUAAUCCGAUUUUGCCCACUUUCAAAUUUUCCUUUCUCUCUCUCACGUGUCUACUUGAAUUUUCAGCCCCACUUUACAUCUCUUUCUCAUCUCUGUAAUUAAUUUCCUUUCUCUUUCUUCAGCUAUAAACAAAACUUCAUCCGAUGUCAUCUCUUGCUUGUUCAUAUGCUAUUUCCGUCGUCGUUUCUCAUACAUUCUCUGUAAAAAUCACAAAUGGAAAGAACAUCAUCUCGAUUCAGACAGUCAUCAAGCCUCGUCAGGUCGAGGUUGGAUAGCAUUCGGCCUGAAGCUUGUCUUCAACGUUCCACCACCAAGAAUCUGUUUUUGACUAGAUAUGUUCAUUCAAAGCAGCACAUGGCUCCAAUUCGUGUUUCUAUGUCGACAAGAUUAUUACCGUAACCGUUUUGGCAGUUUGAUCAAAGUCGAACACAAUAUGGGGGAUUUAAAGUCAUUCCAUGGCAUGUGCAAUAGCGAUGUCUUUGUUUCAUGAGUUUGCAAAAGCGUGUUGGGCUAUAGAUCAUGAAUAUAGUCGAAGAAAGAGUAGCGUCUUUACAAGAUCGAUGGCUGUGACUUGGAUCUCAUAUAUUUCAAUUACAAGUAAUUGUAGCCACUAUGUAACAAACUGGAAUGGUGUUAACCGAUAAAUAUUGGGUUAGUUGAUACGAGUUAAGCAUUGUGAUCUGAUACAAAUUUGGUUAUAUGUUACCAAACCGUGGAUGCCGCUAACUACUAAAUAGUUGAUAGAAUUUUACAAAGCAUUAGCUGAUACAUGUUUGAUUAGAUGUUACAAAGCAUGUUGCCACUUUAUAAAAUAGUUGGUAAGAUGUUAAAAGAUAGCUUCCAUUAACUGAAACAUGUUUUGUUAGAUGUGACAAACAAUUACUAACGGUUAAUACGUAAAUAUAACUCUCUAACAAAACAUGUAGUAUGCUAAUAUACUUUGAUAGAUUCAUUGGGAGCAUACCUUCGGAUGGAUAAGUUAUCUACUAACAAUUUAUAUAACAUUUUACGUUAAAGUGUAGCGUUUAACAUUUUUGUUAGCAUACUAGUUGUUACGCCCAAUUUUCUCAAUGUACUGUGCUUUUCUCUCCUUGAACGAGUUGCAGUUGCCUAUUUGCUAAGAUGAUUCUAGAAAUCACAAUCCCUAACUCAUCCAUUAAUAUUAAAUUUCAGAAAUCUAAUGGAAAAGUUCAUAAAUUAGAGAAAAUUCUUUUGUGCGAUCUCGGAUUGAUGUUUUAUAAAUCGGAGAGAUUUUUGGGAGAAAAGCCCUUUUUUAGUCAAUGAUUUACUGGAGUACAUGGCACAUCGAGCAUCAAUUGAAUUAUUGUGACAGUGGCAAUGAGGAAGCGAUACGAAAAGUGUACGUAUGAUAGUGAUUGUAACAAAAUCGGUCGUGGUUGAAGGAUUGAUAAAAAAAAAAGAUUGGGAGAUGUGGAUUUGAGGAGAAGUUAUUGCUGUCGAUGAAUGAUAAGAGAAGAGAUUGAUAUUGUCAGAAAUAAAGAGGAAGAUAAAUAAUGAAGAAGAAGAUAAAUAGUGAAGAUGGUGUUGAAUGAUUUCUCUUUCUUAUUGUCACGCGAUCAAUCAAAGGGUAAAAUAGUCAAGUUGUGUUAUUUUUGUUACAGGAAAUAUUGUUUUACGAGAAUUAGGGUAGUUUCUUAAUUUUGCUUCAUAUUAGGUAUAUUGAGCUAAUAGACUCAAAUUAUAAACAUAAUAUAUAAUUUUCAUAAAUAUUUAUAUCCGCAAAAUCGCGGGCAAACACCUAGUUACAAAUUAUAUAUGAGAGAGUUUUUUCAAAUUAGAUCCCUGAAGAAAGUCAAUCUCGUAAACAAAUCUGCUAAUCAGAAUUAAAUUAUUUUUUUGUCAACCUUUUUUCAUCAAACCCUUUGUUUAAAGGUACAAUGCAUCAAAGAGCAAACCCAAACGUAAAAUUACAAAAUAAGAUCAAAGGCUAGUGAAAAACACUUGUAAUUAAUGUGUUGAGAGACUAAUCACAAUUAAUUACAAUGGAAUAAACAGAAAGAAAUAAAAAGAUACAAAGUUAAAGGAAGAAAAUAUCUCGUAAAAUUUCCGUGAUUAUGUUCCAUUAGGGGAUCCCUUCCUAAUAAGAUGUGUAUAUAUAUAACCUGAACCACAGAAGGUUUUAAACAUCAUAUCAGUAACUUAAGAAAAAAAUGAACAAUCUCUCAAUCUUUCUAUGUGUUGUCUUCUGCAUGAUUAGCCAUGUAUACGGCGACAUCAGGAUUGCGAACGAACUCAAAUUCAAUAAAUAUCUCUGGAUAAGUUGUUUCUCCGGAGACGACCGAAUGGAGCCAGUGAUUAAGAAACCAGGAGAACACCAUCGUAUUUACUUCCGCACCAACUUUUGGGGGACCACGCGUUUCAUGUGUACGUUGAGACAAGGACCUAACUAUAGACACUCUCAGAGCUUCACAGCUUUCAAACAGGUAAGUCCCAGCGAUAGGGGAACCUUGUGGGAUUGGAGAGCCAGAGAAAAUGGUAUCUAUUUGAAAGUGUGGGAGGACGAGUUUUCUCAAGGCGAGACCAAUAUGCAUAAGGCGUUUGAUUGGAUUUACUAGUUUGUAAUAUUUUUAUCACACAUAUGAAAAUCAAAGUUUGUAAAUACUCUUCAUUAAUGGAAG